CUUUCCUCCAAGACGUCAUCUGUUUUUGAUGAUAGCUACAGCAACCCUGUCGAGUUCAGCAUAGCACGACAAAGUUCAUAAAGCAAUGGGAAACAAGGAAGACUGUCCGAUUUGUUUAGACACAAUCAGAGAUAAGAAGACUCUGAAGUGUCGCCACUCCUUCUGCUCAAAGUGUAUCGACUCCGUGUUCAGGUCAAAGCCAGCCUGCCCCAUAUGCAACACCUUCCACGGGGUGUACACCGGGACCCAGCCGGAAGGAGCCAUGUCUGUCACCCGCAGCUAUCGGUCUCUUCCCGGGUAUGAACACUGCGGGUCAAUCGCUAUUGACUAUGUGUUCGCCUCGGGAAUACAAGGGCCUGAGCACCCUAAUCCUGGAAGACAGUAUAGAGGCACAGCCCGAACAGCCUACCUCCCAGACUGCCCAGAGGGAGAAAAAGUCCUAAGAUUGCUCAAGAGAGCCUUUGAGCAAAGACUUAUCUUCACCAUUGGCCGAUCGGCCACCACUGGACUCAACAAUGUCAUCACCUGGAAUGACAUCCACCAUAAGACCAGCAUGACAGGAGGUCCUCAGUGUUUUGGGUAUCCUGAUCCUGGUUACCUUUCAAGGGUUCAAGAAGAGCUUCAAUUAAAAGGAAUUACGGACGAAGACUGAACUGUAAAGAAUUCUUAAAACAAAGCUAUAUCUCAAUUAUUACUCAUUUGUAUUAUUGUUGUAUUAUUGUUCAAGAGUCUAUGAUUCUAUUACAUGGAUGUUACCAGAAGAAUUGCAGGUUUAGUUUAAUGAUUCCACUGUUGUUUUACUCUUUGUGUGUGUGAAUUUCCUUUGAGGAAUUGUUGUGUUAUGAAAUAUCUGUGUUUACCAAAGAUGUACCUUUGAAGAGAAGCUGUUUCCUCAUUGUGACCUCAUUUUGGAGAUAACUGAAAUCUCAGGGCAGGUGUCUUCACAAGCCUCUUAUGCAAUGCAUAUUCUUUUAAUUAAAUCAUAUACAUUCCACUGA